GUGAGCUUCGGGCUGCAUUCUACACUAGACAUUCAAAUACCAUAACAUACUGAAUGGACUCGAGAAAACGAUUUCGUCGGUCCAAAUACGACAGACUCGCUUUGUAAGUUUGUUUUUCAACAGAAAUUUUCUCUCUCUAUCUACAUGCAGCUGAUCAGCUAUUCAGCGCAAAAUGUCUGACGCUACUGAAGAUAAUCCAAACAAAUUCCAACCGAAAUCCUUGAUUCUUAAAGUCGGUAUUUUCAUAGUUGUAUUAGUAGUUGGAGCAGCGAUAUUUCAAGCCAUCGAAAAGCAAGAUGUUGUGGAUGAAAACAAAUCAACCAGCAAAGAAACCUUAACUAAUAUAACUGUAAAGUAUAACAUUACAGAACAAGAUGUUGCCAAACUUGUUAGCACCAUAAAAGAGACUUUAAAACAAAAAGAACUAGCAAGCAAACCUCGUUGGACUUUUAGUAACUCUGUAUUUUUAUCCUUUUCGAUUAUGACAACAAUUGGUUAUGGUCAUUUAACUCCCAAGACAAGUUCUGGUCAAAUCUUCUGUAUUGUUUUCAGCCUUGUAGCUAUCCCAAUCACUGGUAUUAUGCUAAUAAGCGUUGGAUCACACGUUUCAUUAGCGCUGCAACUCUUCAUCACACUUGUUGAGAAAAAAAUAAUGCGUAGAGAAGUUCAGAUGAACACAGAAGUUAAAAGUGCUGUGGUCACGUUCGUGUUUAUGAUCCUCAUUAUCAUUUUUGGCGCCCUUUUGACGAGACACACGGAUGGUUGGACAUUCGUUGAAGGCAUGUACUUCACAUUUAUUAGCUUGUCGACCAUUGGUUUUGGUGAUUAUGUCAUCAACAAAGGCGAAUUGAAUGAUCGUGAUCAAAAGAAAGCCGUUGCCGUGAAUUUCACCAUUGUUCUCAUCACCAUUGGUCUAUGCGUUGUGUCCAGCGUACUCUGCUCCGUUAGUUCUGUCAUUGAAGAGAAACAGAGGCGCAUGCGCGAGCAGCUCCACCUCUCGAGCGCAGCAGCACCUGGCCGAAUGGCUUUAUCAGCAGUUAACAAACUCAGCAAGGUUGGMAAGUCUAAUUCGACUGAGAAAGAUACACUGACAAAUGAAGAUAAGAUCUGAUUGACAAUGGGAUCUAAAAUCCGAUCAAUUUACCGUCCGGUUCAAGAAAGGUUAACGCCCCUUAUAGUUAACAAUAUUACAGAGAAUUCAAAACGUUAUCUAUGACUUAUUUUUCAAAAAAUUGCCUUAACAUUUAUUGGAUACCACGAGAAUGCUUUCUGUAAAUCCGUGAAAUACCACAUGCUUUACAUUUUUACGUUACACUUUUGACGAUAUUGUGUAUACUGUUAUUGCCAAAAAAUAACUAUUACAAUUUACUAUAUCUUAUAAAUCCUCGCAUGAGGAAGUGGCUGAUCCCAUUAAAGAGUGCUCAAUACACAUAAAGUGUAGAGCUAGU